CUAAUAUGACGUCAGAUUCAAAUUCCGGCGUGGGGUCGGCCAUCUUGAAUAUUGUAAAUGGGUGGCUUGUAGAGAGAGUGAAAAUUAACUAAUUUUGUUGCAUAUCAUAUAGAUCAGCAAAUAGACCGUUACCAUGCCGACAAAAAUAUUUAUAGGUAACCUGGGAAGUAACUGCCGUUCAGAAGAUCUGCGUGAAUUAUUUGAAAAAUAUGGAAAAGUAACAGAAUGCGAUGUCCUAAAAAAUUUUGGUUUUGUGCAUAUGCAAAGUGAGCAAGAGGCUGAUGAUGCAAUCAAAAAUCUUGAUGGCUACACUAUUAAGGGGAACAGAAUGCGUGUGGAGCUUUCCACUGGAAAGUCUAGAGGAGGUGGAAGAGGGGGCGGUAGAAUGAGAGGAGGUGGGAGAGGAGGUGGUCGUGGCGGUGACCGAGGAUAUGGGGCACCAUCCCGUGACAGAUAUGAUCCGUACAGAAGACCCCCUCCUUACGAUGACUACUACAGAUACCCUCCCAGGGAUGACAGACGAGGACCUCCACCAGACAGAAGUGCAGGAGCCUCAGCACUUCCUGGGGGGUAUGACCCGCCAAGGGACAGAUACUAUGGGUAUGAGAGACGCCCCCCACCCCCUGAUUAUGACAGAUAUGAGCGUCCAAGGACAGCUGCAUCAGAUCCCUACUACAGAGAUCGGGGUGCCAUCGGCUCUCGUCCUCCCCCAGACUACUACAGCAGAAGUUACCCAGACCCACGAGGAGAAGGACCUCCCCCACCCCCUAGAGCUUAUGAUGAUGACUACUCGGCAAAUGGUUACUAUGAUUCCUACGAGAAGCCUCUCCCCCCAGCUCCACCAGAAGAUUCCCUAGGAUCUGGAUCCUACUAUGACAGAUUUUACAAAAAACCGCCACCCAGCCAAGGGAUUUCCAGACCACCCCCACCCCCAGGAACCAACCAAGCAGAACCUUUAUAUUUCUGAUUAAAGACUGAAAUACAUGUCACAAUGUACUAAACACAUUGUUGAUUAUUUCUUUACCUUGUUAUAUUUGCCAAGAAAUCAUGUCACCAUUUGUUCUGUUAACUUGCAUCAUAAGUUUCAUAGGAAAGCCAUGGACUAAAUUCGAGUGUCAUUUGGGUUAUGUCUCUAAUUUUUAUAUUGUUGUGAAUAGUUUGUAACUCGUACUUGUGUCAUUUUCAUUUCAUUUUUAUUUUGCCAACCUAUCUUUAUAUAAUUUAGCUAUUCCGUGUAAAAAUCAUACUAGAGUGCAUUCUCAUUUUAAGCAUAAUGUCACAUUGAUAAAAUUGUCAGUUAUGGUUUGAAGAGUGUUUAAGAGAGAGAAGAAAUGAUCAAAUUUAUUGAAUUAGAGCAUUAGAACAAAUGGAUCAUGACAUUUCACUUGAAAAGGUUUGCAUUUCUGUAAUCAAAAUUCAUUGAACUUCGUAGUUUGUAUAGUUUCUCGCAUAGCGGACAAAGUACGCAUGGUUAACUAGUUUUAGGUGUUUAUAUGUUAAAAUUGUUUUUACACAUGGAAGAAAAGAAUAAAUAUACUGUAUUGCUAAAA